UAGUAAUUAUUCAGAAGGUGCAGUCCGAACCGGCCGACCUCAGUCGUCGCUAUUUGAUAAAUCCUCAGAACGACGCCGUCUCUCUCCCUCCAUGGCCUCCGCAGAGCAGCCCCCGAAGAAGCGAAGGCUGCACGAAGCCGAAGCAGAGCCACCAUCCUCAUCGCCGCCACCAUCUCCGCCACCACCGCCACAAUCCCUAGCCCAACGGCUGAGCGCGGCAGCUCCAGAAUCUCUCUCCCAGGACGAAAUUCUCAGGAAACGUAGACACCGCGACGAGAUUCGAGGCGUUUACGACUGCUAUAAGCGGAUUAAGUUCUGCCUCUCCAAGAAGGACACUGCUCUCACCGCCGAUCUUGAGCAAGCCUAUCUCUCCCUCAUCACCGCCUCCAGAGGUUGUACGAGUGUACAACGCAUUGUGGCUGAUCUCAUUCCUAGAUAUGCUUCGAAAUGCCCCACUGCUCUUGAAGCCGCGGCAAGAGUUGUUGUCAAUAUGCAUAACUGGAGUGCGGGGCUGAUAAAUAGAGGAGAGGAUACUAAUGGCUUUGCAUUCCAGACUGCGAAAUCCUGUAUUCUUGGUCUAUCGGAUAUUUGUUGCACUGCUUCCUCGGUGGCGUCAACAUCCUCUGUCAUUCGUGGUAUUUGCUCCGGCGUUUUUCAGAAUGUGCUUACCUUCUUUAUAUCGUCCUUUGAGGGGAAGGAUGUCUUUCUGAUUGUUGGUAAAGAGACUGUGAGAAUGCAAGGUUCUGCUGAUAUCUUUCUUCAGCUAAAGGAGAAGUUUUCUGAUGGAAAUGAAUCUUCGGUGACUAAGUUAUCCCAGUUACGUGCUCUUUGUUUACUGUGGAUUUUCUUUUGUUAUCCUAAAGACUCACUUGCAGCCUGCUUUGAACUCUUGAAAUCCACCUCAUCAGAGGGAGUUCUUAAAGGGCAGUAUUUUCUAAGUCAAAUAACAAGCAAACUCGAUAAGGAUGGCGGGCAUCAUUUGAGCAAAACUAGUGAUGAAUCUAAAACAAGUACAACUUUUGUUGAAACAAGCAACAGAGGCAAUGAUAUUAGCUCUGAGCAGCUAGCAUCAGAUGGAAACAACGUCUUUGAAGAUACGAUUUCAGUUUCAAAUAGCUGCUUGUUAGGACUGGUUCUUAGUAAAGAUCCAUUAUUGCAAGGUUGGAUGCUCUCAAAAUAUAAGAAGUUAUGUAGAUUGCCAUCUAUUUCAGAUUUUAAAUCUGCUUUGGAGGGUGCCUUUAAAUCUUUUAUAGAUGUAAUGGACGUAGAAGGUAAUCGAGCAGACAGUGAUGAGGAUGAUUCUGAUCCAUCGAGAUUUAUCAAUCGACCAUAUCUGGUGUCUAGGUUCUCUAACCUACAUGAAACUGGCAGUGAUGUUUAUUCUGAUAGAGUGUCAGGUCAACAUAUGAAAGCUCGUAGCUCUGUAAUGCCUCUUGAAGCUAAUAGUCACUCAACGGGUUCCAAUCAGGAUAGUGGCGGUGCAAGGCCCAUGGACUUUGAGAUUAGGGAGCAUGGAGAUAUGUCACAUGGCAGGUCUUCCAUGCCCAGGGACGUAGUGAACCACCAGAUGCCUUCACCUGUCACAAGGUCUCCAUUAAGCUUCAGGAGUAAUUCGUUUGAUGGGAGAAACCACUUUCAUAUUGAGAAGAACAAAGAUACAAAUUUGGAUUUUGGUUCACCUUCCAUGAGAUCUUCAAGUGGAGGUGCAAACAGUUCUUUUGAAUCUCCCAAAUGUCAUCCUGUGUCGUCAUAUGUGUCCCCCAAGACUCAAAUUGUUUGGUAUUCUGAUGGGGAUAUUGCAGCCAUGGACAUUUUCUCAGCUUCUAAACAGCUCUGGCUGGGCUUUUUUGGUUCUGAUGUAUCUGAAGCCCAUGUAAGGUUUCAGUUAGAGAGGUUUGGUGCCAUGGAACAUUUUUUUUUCUUUCCUCAUAAAGGAUUUGCCGUAGUUGAGUAUAGAAACAUUCUUGAUGCCAUAAAGGCUCGUGAAUAUACGCGCAGGCAUUUUCCUUGGUGCAUAAAGUUUAUGGAUACAGGACUGGGAACUAGAGGUGCUAUGAAUGGUGUUGCAGUUGGUUCUAGUUGUCAUGUUUAUGUUGGAAAUGUUUCAAGUCAAUGGGCCAAGGAUGAGAUUCUUCACGAAUCAAGGAAGGUGCUUCGCAAGACUCCAUACUCGGUCACUGAUUUCAGCAAUGAAGGUGCGGUACUGAUGGAAUUUGAUACUCCUGAAGAAGCUGCUGCUGUGAUGGCACAUCUCAGACAGCAUCGCAAGGAAAGGAGUAACCACAGGACACCAUAUGGUGCUGGAUCACUUAAUGUAGUAUCUCACAUUGAUGGUGCCAGAUCUGUACCUACCCCUACCCAUGUUGACAUCAGAAGCAACCAGGGAAACAUGUCUAAUACUGCUGCUACCCCAUUUGCAGUAAAGCAUGAGAGCCACUCAAUGGAGCUUGUAUCCCCUAGAGUAAAAUCUGAGAAUCAGGGGAAUUCGGUACAAAGUGGAUAUAUGUUUCAGUCAAACAGAGCUGUCACUGGCUCUACGGAGAUGCUUGAAGCUGGCACCAGAAGAGUUGAUGGUUAUGACAGUAACUUAGCUGUGAAUUCUACACAAGGAGGUGGUCACGUUGCUUCUCAUGCCAAUGAACCUAGGUGGUUGUAUUCAAAACCUGGAAUGGAGCUGCAUUCUGCACCAGGGAGCAUUCCAUGCAUUCCUGUACCAACACAGAUACCCUCAGCUCCACCUCCUCCACAAAUUUCCUCAUCUCCAUUUAUGCGACCUGUUUACCUCCCUCCAAAUAGUUCUUGGGAUCCACGGGGUUCAAGUCACAAUCGUCCUUUGAACCCAAUCUCACCAGGUGUAGUCCCCAACAAUUUUCAUGGUAAUGCUAUUGUACCUCCCUUCAUUCCUGCUUCUGUGACUCCACUUGCACAAAUACAGGGAGCUCCAGUGCAGCAAUUUGACCGUAUGUUUUCAGUACCCAUAGCACCACCACCAUUAUCAUCUCUGCCACCUCCUCUACCUGAAAUGCCACCUCCGUUGUCCCCACCCCCACCGCCUUUGCCUCAAUCACAGCCACCUUUUGUUCCCCCUCCACCUUUCCCCUCCCCUCCUGUGGCUGUUUCAGAACCAUCUGUUGUGGAAACUUCUGGACAACCCUCACAAUAUCAGUGGCAGGGAACAUUGUGUAAGAGUGGUGUUCAUUACAGUACAGUUAAUGCAUAUAGAGUGGAUUCUGAUAUUUGCAAAUAUUCCAAUGCCACUUCUGAACCUAUAGAAUGGCCUCUUAAGUUAGACAUGACCAAGCGUACAGAUUUUCGGCAUGUGAAGUCAACAUUUACUAGCACCCCACCACAUAAGAGGGAAGUGUGUCGAUUGAUCCCAUCUUCUGCAGCUGAUCAGAAAGGGUUUCAGGAUUUCUUGUCAUACUUGAAGCAGAGGGACUGCUCUGGAGUGAUCAAGAUCCCAGCGGUGAAUUCCAUGUGGGCCAGACUUCUCUUCAUACUUCCAUACUCGGAAGAGACUUGCUCUAUGCUCUCUAUUGCGCCUUGUCAACCUGAUUGCCUCAUUGCUUUAAUAUUACCUAAAGAAACGAAUUUUGACUUUUGCGGUUUAAGCAUAAAGUGGUUUGCCAUGUCGAGUCACCGGAACCCUCAGGGCAACACUAAUAGGCAAGCCGGAGGAAGCAAGGGUUUCACCAAAACCCAAAAGGUCUUCGUCCCCAAAAAUCAAGACCAGAAUCGUCCCAGAAGCCCUAAAUCCCCAAAUCCCACGCUCUCCGCCUCCCUCCGGCAAUCGCUGUCCCAGCCGUCCAAUGCCGAAGCUUCAAGCGUCGCUGCUUCUGCGCCGCCGGCGAGUAGCAGUAGUACAAGUAGUAGGGUUCGGAUGGGAGAGAGAGGCGAGUGGGUGUCGACCAAGGGCAAUUUCGUGAAUUACUUGCCCCAAGAUGAGGCUGUUGCCGCUGGCCUCGGCGCCGACGAAGGUGGAUUGGACGCCGUGGAGUCUCAGAGAGUCGUCGAUCUUCUCAAUAGAGAGCUUUCUCGAUUGCUCAAGCUAAACCCUAAGGAAUUUUGGAGACAAGUGGCUAGUGAUACUUCCCUGCAUGAAUUUUUGGAGAGCUUCCUACAGUUUCGUAGCAGGUGGUAUGAUUUCCCUCAUCGCGGAGCCAAGGACAUGGUGGCAGGGGUCAUUGUAGGGGAAUUAGAACUGAGCCGCCGCGUUUUUAUGGUAUUGUAUCGAAUAUCUUCUAGCAGGGAUCCUGGUGCUCGGGCUGCUGAUAGUCUCAGUCCUAAAGACCAUGAAGCUCUUUUGCAGGAGAAGAAGUUGCUUGACUUGCCUAAGUUGCUCGACAUAUGUGCUAUAUAUAGUCAUGAAAAUGAAGAUUUGACGAGAGUGCUGGUUGGCAAUGCAGUGACAGCCCAUGCUACAAUCCGUGACAAUUUGACUGCUGUGGCAUCACAUUUUCUGAGCAUUGUACAAACAAUGUAUCAACGUAGUAGCACGGCAUUAGAGGCCCUUUUUCUGUCUGGAAAUCCUGGAGAACACGGAUCCAGCCGUCUUCUUGCUGAUUUACUGGAGGUUAUGGACUUCAUAAACGAUGCAAUUGUAUCCAUGGAUGCUUUUCUAACUGCAUACAAACCAUCCGCAAUAUUCUUCUUGUGCCCUGUUGAGAUAAGUUAUGGGAACGAGGAAUUACUAAGCACUCUAGCAAGGUUGCAUGAUUCAUUACUUCCAUCUUUGCAGCGUGGGUUCCAAAUAAUUUUGGCAGCUGGAGAACAUAAAAUGGUGUCAAAUGUUGCUAUAAGUUUGAAGAUGUUAUCAAUGAGAAUUGUCAAGUUUGGAUGGAAACUGUUGGACUCAUGCUAUCUAAGUGAUGAGGUAUUCAAAGAUAAUCUCUCCAUUCCUGCUGCUGCAGAGAUGUUCCCAGCUAAACUAGAGGAUCCUUAUAUUAGAGCGGACAUUUUGGUUCAACUGUUGAGAGAGAUUAAUGGAAUUUCAGUAUGUGCUCAAGAAAACCAGAAUAGGGAAACAUUUCUUCAAAAUGUUGAGAAGAACUUCAAUAUUAUGGGCAAAGUGGAGAAUUUACAAAAUCACGGAUGGAUAAUCAUGGAUGAUGAGCAGUUGGGGUAUGUGUCUGGAAUACUGCUGUGUACUCAGAAGGUCAUUGGUAAGUUGCACACCAAUGCAACAACCCCUUUAACAAACAAGGUAGCGGUGGAUGAAGAUGUUGCAAUUAAGGAGUCCAAGAUUAGUCAAGUGAAGGAUCUCUUCCCUGAUUAUGGAAAAGGGUUCUUAGCUGCCUGUCUUGAAGCAUACAACCAGAAUCCCGAGGAAGUGAUUCAAAUGAUUCUUGAAGGAACUCUUCAUGAAGACCUGCUGUCCUUAGAUACUAAAUUAGAGACAAUACCAAAACCCAGAAGUGCUACUGUUAGUAGGAAUGAUAAAGGGAAAGGAAUACUAGUUGAACCUACAGCAUCCACCACUACUAAUACAGUGGCUGCCAUUAGGGUUCAACAAAAUGGGGUCCCUUCAGUUUCAUCAUCAUCUUCACAGGGAAGAUUUGUUAGGAAGUCUAAAGCUGACUUGCCUGAUUCUGAUACACUUGAUGACAAAAACGAAAAGUAUUCAGCAAAAACUGCUGCCCUUGUUUCGCAAUUUGAGUAUGAAGAUGAGUAUGAUGACUCUUUUGAUGAUCUAGGACUGAGUGUUGCGGAUUCAGGAGCAGGGGAAAUUGAGUCGUUCGGUGAAAAAAGCAGUUCAAAUAUUGGGAAACCUUGGGAGACACGAACUGAAAGUUCAUCUCAGAAUGCUACUAGUUCAAAAUGGGGUUCCAGACGGAAUCCCCAAUAUUAUGUCAAAGAUGGCAAGAAUUAUAGUUACAAAGUAGCAGGUUCAGUUGCAGUUGCAAAUGUGGGUGAGGCAUCGUUAAUUACUGAAGCACAAAAAGAACUGAUUCAUGGUCUUGGUCGUGGCGGCAAUCUUCCACUUGGUGCAGUUAAGAAGCUGACAGAGUACUCUGAGCAGCAAGAUAGUCAUGUAGAUAUUUCUCAGAGUGAAGGUAGAGGGAAAGGGUAUAAUCAGAAUUCCAGGGGCUGGGGCAGAGGAGGAGGAGGAGGAGGAGAAAGGAGAAUUGAGGAGCAAGAUAAGCACUUUUCUCAGACAGAAGGCAGAGGGAGAGGGUACAUUCGGAAUUCCAGAGGCCUGGGAAGAGGAGGAGGUGAAAGAAGUCAAGGCGACUCAAGUGAGGAGCAAGAUAAGCACUUUGAUAAUUCUCGGACAGAAGGGAGAGGGAGAGGGUACAUUCGGAAUUCCAGAGGCCGGGGAAGAGGAGGAGGAGAAAGAAGUCAAGGUGACUCAGGUGAGGAGCAAGAUAACAAGCAAACUAGUGUUUCUGAAGUAGAAGGAAGAGAAAAUGUAGGGAAUCAGAGGGGAAGAGGGAGGAGAGGUGGGGGAGGAGGGAGGAGUAAUAAUUACAGGAAGGACCGAGCCAUGAAUAAGCACUUUUCUAGUUUGCGUGGUCUCUAGAUAGAGCUACUCUGAUAAUAGCAUGAGACCGUCUCGGGGGCGCCUCUAGGUUGGUUUCUCUUCUUUUAUACUGAGAUUGUAAUUCCCUGCAAAAUGCAAGUCGCGAGGUAAUAUUGACAAAAUUCUCAGGAAUCCCACAACUACAUAAUAUACAAAGGAUCAGAUUUUGAUAUAUCAACUGUUUCCAAAAGUUGCACAAAAAGCAGUAGCUUGUCAACUGGCUGUAGUAGUCUUGUUUUCUUGGUUUUGUUUGAAAAAAGUAAAUAUUUUUCUGUUUCAAAUAGUUAUACUUUUUAUUCUUCUGUUUGAAAGAGUUUCACAUUUUA